GCAGUGUCAGAAGGAAGGUGAAAGUGAUAGUGAAAGCUAAACUCUGGUGCGUGUAUAAAAGCUGCUUGCUCCUUAAACAGCAGACGCAGACCAGCCUGGCAUCCAGAUGGCUCGGUCACAGCAAGAGCCCAAGCCCGGAGACCUGAUUGAGAUUUUUCGCAUUGGCUAUGAGCACUGGGCCAUCUAUGUGGGCGAUGGUUACGUGAUCCACCUGGCUCCUCCAAGUGAGUACCCUGGGGCUGGCUCCUCCAGCAUCUUCUCGGUCCUGAGCAACAGGGCAAAGGUGAAGCUGGAACCCCUGGAAGCCGUGGUAGGGGGCUGUCGCUACCGGGUCCACAACCACUUGGACGGCAAGUACAAACCUCGGCCGGUGCACGAGAUCAUCAAAGAUGCAAAGGAGGAGGUCGGCAAGGAGAUGGUGUACAGCGUCGUGACAAGGAACUGCGAGCACUUUGUCACCAACCUGAGAUAUGGCAAGCCCUGCUGCAGACAGGUGGAAAAAGCCAUGACUGGAGCUGGUCUGACCCUUGGGCUUGGACUCCUGACUGCAUUUGGAUACGCGAUUGUGAAUAGGAAACGCCAAAACCAAUGACAGCCUGAAGCAACGGCAGAUCUGUUUGAAGGACCGGGGCACAGUGCCGUCUGUGUCAGACUCUCUAGCUCCUCUCCUCUCUCACUGUCUCGCUGUCCCGCUCUUGUGGCUAAUGGAAGGUCUCAUUGUCACAAGACUCAAGAAUCAAUAAACUGGUUUUUGUCA